AUGGCAGAGCGCAAACGGCGACCUGCCGCCAGAAAUUGCUGUCCCUUUCGUUUAAUCCCUCGUCGAUGGCGCUGUGCAGAGUUUCAGGGCUUCUGCCAGCAAGUGAGGAGCGCCGUCAUUGACGCCUUUGUCACCAUCGAGCGAAAGUUCUUCACCGAGGCUUCUGGGGAGCUCUCAGGCACCACCGUGACGCUGGCCCUACUGUGCGGGCGGCUGCUGACCAUGGCCAACGUGGGGGACGCGGACGCCGUUCUGGACACCGGCACCGACUCGUUCAUGGCCACGCUGAGCCACCGCAUCGAGUGCAACGACGCUGAGCGCGAGCGCCUGGCGGCCAGGGGGAUGCAGCUGGCCCUGGCGUCGCCGUACAGGCCGGAGAGGCCGGCGCACGCCAAGGAGAAGGGGGUGGGGCCCCUGAGGGCCUUUCCAGGGUCCGUCUCCGUCAGCAGGUCCAUCGGCGACUUUGCCGCCGGAGAGCACAUCACAUCGUGCCCGCACCUGUUCCAGAUAUAUCUGCCGACGAGCGGUGCAAGGCUGUUGAUGGGGAGCAGUGGCCUCUGGGACAUGGUCCAGUGGGCAGAGGCAGUGGAGCUCAUCCGUGGGACGCCAGUCAAGGCUGCAGCAACAAAGCUGAUCGAGCUGGCGUUGGUUCAGAACAACUGGGCCUACCACCAGGACACCAGUGCCGUGGUAGUAGACAUGCUGCCCCCCAAGGUUGGGGAUUUCCCCAAGGUUGUGAAGGGAAAGGCGAAGAGGGCGGCGGAACAGCAAAAGCAGCCACUGUCUCUGUGCAAUCUCGGUGGCUACCUGUGCACCAAGAUGAACAGGAACAGCUUUUCUGACAGGAGUAUGCAGUCCGACAGUGUACAGAUCGUUGCAAAUAUUGACGGCUGGGUCUACGCAAACGCAGAGUAUACAGCACGCAGAGCUGCCACGCCACGUACUAACAGUUCCCCCAUGGGCUCCCCUUCAGCCUUCAGGCACAGGGAGUUUGGCAAGCGAUCUGAAACGCCAGUGGGUUCUGAACGUGGCUUUGACAGCAGGAGGUUUUCAACAGGUGGCUGGAGUUCCUCCCCAGACUCUGGCGAUGAGGACUCCGUCGUGUCGCGCCACUCCCCCACCUACAGCUCCUCCAGCAAGUUGUGGUCUCAGGACUCAGCACACGAACCCAUGAGAAGGGGUAAAGACGCCACCCAUGUACAUGCAAAGCGGGCACCCCGGGCCGAGAUGGACUUGGUGCACAAGCACCACUCCGGUGGGUGGGCAGACACCACCACACACAAGGGAAGGCCUGAGGGCAGGGCCAGCCCCGCAAACCUGCCAGGGGACAGGAGGAAGGCGAGAAGUGUACUGGACACGGCCCAUCUAAGGGGCGCUGACAUGCCUCGACGGUCCCCAAGGCCAUCCCCAAGGCCAUCCCCGAGACCGUCCCGAAGGAUGUCCCCAAGACUGUCCCCACGGGAGACAGGUCGAAGAAGCCCCCCGUCCGCUGCGAGAAUCCAUGUGGUGCCUCCCAACAACGACCCGCCAAAGGAGCCAGAAGACGAGUUUGGCGAGGGCGCAAUCGAGGUCGGGGUGGGCACGCUGAACUCCUGGGCCAGCCCGCAGGAUCGGGCUUUGGGGGAGUACAGCUCGAGGCACCUGGGCCGCCUGAAAACUCACUGUGAUUCAACAGAAUGCGGCAACAUGUCUGGGGGCGGACAGGAAAUCUCCGUGGCGGGGUGGGCUGGCAGCGUCCAAAGCCAGGAGGUUACGCUGUCUGCUUUUGCUGGUUACUGA